AUAAACACUGGGUUGCGCGCGCAGAGCUAUGCUGUGUGGUUAACUUUAGUUAUAAUAUAAUCAUUAGAUUCUAAAACAAAUAAAUAAAGAAGUGAGAGUGGUCCAACAGUAUAUAAAAAAGUAUGAGAUGGCAAAGCAUUUGAUGAGUGGGAAAGGCACUGUGAGCAUGUGAUUUCGGUGACAGUGAGUUGAUGAGAAAAAUGAAGGCGUGGAGGGCGUUGGAAAUUGCGGUGUUUCAUGCGUUGUUGUUUGGAUUUGGGAGAGGACACGACUACGGAGAGGCAUUGUCGAAGGCGAUUGUGUUCUUCGAGGGACAGAGAUCGGGCUUUCUGCCGGGGGAUCAGAGGCUCAAUUGGCGAGGGAAUUCCGGCCUCAGUGACGGCUGGAACUACAACACGGAUCUCACCGGCGGCUACUACGACGCCGGCGACAACGUUAAGUUCGGGUUUCCGAUGGCCUUCACCACCACAAUGCUCGCCUGGAGCUUGCUGGAAUUCGGAGACCUCAUGCCUCCCAAUCAGCUCAGGAACGCCCUCGUCGCCACUCGUUGGGGCGCUGAUUACUUGCUCAAGACUCUUUCUCAGCCCAAUCGGAUUUUCGUUCAGGUAGGUGAUCCAAGCUCGGAUCACGAUUGUUGGGAGAGGCCAGAGGACAUGGAUACAUCAAGGGCUACGUAUGCUGUUGAUGCGCCAAACGCGGCCUCUGAUGUCGCCGGAGAAACAGCCGCCGCACUGGCCGCCGCAUCGAUGGCAUUCCGGUCAUCGGACCCGGGUUAUGCAGAGACGUUGCUUCGAAAUGCUAUUACUGCCUUUGAAUUUGCAGAUAACUACAGAGGUGCUUACAGUGACAAUAGUAAUGUCAAAUAUGCUGCCUGCCCAUAUUACUGCGAUUUUGAUGGCUAUCAGGUAAAUUACAUUCCGUUUACUAUGCGUCUAUGCCUUUCAAUAAUAUAA